AAAAGUUUUCAAUUCUUUACAUUUUCUAAAAUUUUUGUUUAGUUCAAUCAGAAAAAUGGAAAAUUCUCCGGAAUUACAGAUAAUGAAUCGACGAGUUUUGGAGGCGCUUUCUAUAUUGCAAGACGCUGGAUUUGACAAUGUGUCUUUAGAAGCUAUUAUCGAAAAGGUGGUUCCUAUGAUACAACGUGACGAUGACUUGCAGAAUUUGCCCAACAACAUAAUGGAGUCAUUGUCCACUUUAAAGCAAGUUGGCCUCGUAAGGGAAUCUCGUAACUCGGAGUUUAUACUUUGUCGGUGUCCAGUCAAAUCUAAAUCUGCUACCACUCGGAAACGCAAGAGUUCUGAAACAUUUGAAACACAAAAGAAUUUAUGGAAAAUGCGAUCUUUAUUGAACGCCAAUCAUAAGCCCCACAAAGUGAUGUGCACCGAGUGUCGCUCGGCUCUCUCAACCUUUACUUCUUGCUAUGAGGAUCUUAGACAAGGUCGUACCAUAGCCUCCAAGUUGCAGCUUGCAGUCUUACUAGGACGCAACCAAGAAGUUGAACCUGUCGAGACAAUCGGAGACGUUGUUAAUUUAAAUGCAACAGGACACACUAAUGUUGAAUUUACUUUUCGACGUCAAGAUGGAAGUGGAGAUGCUUCAACACCCAAUAAUUGGACUUUUAAUUCCCCAAUUCCGAUUCACUUGAAAGACGAGCACAAAAAGUCCGAGGAGAACUAAUUUAAAAUAGUUUAAGUAAACGCCAUCUAUGUUUCAUUUGAUAAUCU